UGCUGCUGCUGAUUUGUUUUGUUGUUUUAUCAGGAGGUCCCUGUGGAGCGUCCACACAGAAGCAUUGUUUUCAAGAAGAGGUGUUCUUCUCAGCGGGAGGGGGCAGCUGCAGAUGUUGUGGAGGUGAUGAGUGGACCAUCACCUGACAGUCCUGUGACCAUUGAAGACCGUCCCUGCUCUGCUCUGCACAGCUCCCCAGACCUCAUCCAAAGUCAAGUUGCUGCCAAUGUUGAUGCUUUUUUUGUAAUGUGUCAUGCUGGGUCUGUUAGUUUAGGUGAAGAGGAGAUCAUAGUGCUCUCUGAUACAGACACGGCACUCUAUGCCGUGUAUUCCAGAGUUACCAAAGCAGUUAGAUAGAGAUGGCCAUAGUUAUGAGUUUGAGUAUGGUGGCUUUGUGACUGGAGAUGUCAAUGUGGUUGAGGGAGAGCUUAUUGAGGCAUGUGUGCUCACAACUCUGAGGGACGGUUUGGAAAAGAUGUGUAUGGAAUAUGACACAUGCUUUUUCACAUUGUCCUCCAGUACUUGUGGGAUUAUUAGGGAAGGAGAACGGUUUGCUGUAGUUGACUCUCAUGCACGCAGUGCAGAUGGGAUGGUGGAUCUCAAAGGGAAGAGUGUUGUUGUGUAUUUUAGUAGUCUUGAACACUUGAUUCAGCAUUUCAGUUGUUUCGCUGCAGGAUUCAGAGGGACACAGAAGUUGUUUGAGAUUGCUGGUGUUCGUGUCACUCUGAAAGUAGAUAGUGGUGAUAGCAUAGAUGAUAGUUGUGUUUGCAAAGAUGAUGGUGGUGCUAGCCAGUCAUCUUCAGGUAAGAUUUGUGCAAAGCGCAAGGUUUCCAUGCCUACUCGUAAUUCAACGAGGGUUAAAAGGAGUGAUCCAAUUGAUUCAGAUGUAGCAUUUGUUAGUGAGGUUACAGUUAAGGAAUUAGUGUUUGACCCUGUUCGUAAUGAUGUAGCGCAAACUUUAUGUGACAAAUUAAAUGUGGAGUCAGAGAAAGUUGAUGAUGUGUUUUCAAUAGUUGGUUUGUUGGGGGCUCCGUGCAAAAGGGACACAAUAGUUGGUGAUGGUAAUUGUUUUUUUAGAUCAGUUAGUCAAGCUGUGUGUGGUUCACAGAAGUAUCACAGGAAAAUCAGAUUAGCUGUAGUUAAGCAAUUGGAAGCUAAUGCUGCAGCUUAUGAGAGUAUUUUGAGAAGUGAGUUCUCUUCCGUGUCAGAAUAUGUCACUAAGUCAAGGAUGCGUUACGUUGGCAGUUGGGCGACAGAGGCUGAGAUUCAAGCAGCAGCAGAUUGUUUAGGAGUUUCCAUUUUUCCUUAUAUUGGUGAUCGAUGGCUUGAAUAUAGUUGUAGGAAUAGGCAGUUUUCCAGUCAGGCAGUGUACUUAGAAAAUGUCAAUGGUAACCACUAUGAGACUGUUGUUUGUGUUCAUCAGCCACAGUCACAGUAUUGUUAUGGUUACUGCAAAGUAGAUGAGGCUACAACAGGCUACAAUCUUAGACAGCACAUUAAACUAAAGUGCAACAUUUAGAGAAAAGGAACAAUGUAAUGUGUAGGAGUGAUGGUUUGUCGUUGGUUAGGUCUUUGAAUGAUACACAGAUGCGGGUGUUUUAUCAGAUUCGGCAGUGGUGUUUAAACAAGGUCUCAGGGAAACAUCCACCUCCUCUACAUGUUUUCAUUACAGGUGGUGCUGGAACUGGUAAAAGCAAUUAAUUAAAUCAAAGCUUUUCAUUACGAGUCAAUUUGGUUGUUAUCACCAUUGUGCAGUCAUCCUGACAAUGUCAGUGUUUUAAUAACUGCACCAACAGGUUUUGCUGCAUAUAAUUUGAAUGCAGCAACAAUUCACCACACAUUCAGUAUUGGAGUAGAUAUACACUUACCGUACACUCCACUGGGUGAGGAAAAAAUCAAUUCUCUUCGUACUAAAUUCAGUGAUCUGCACAUUUUGAUAAUAGAAGAAAUUUCAAUGGUAAAUCACAAUCUAUUGGCAUAUAUUCACGGUAGAUUAUGUCAAAUGAAACAAAGUGGAAACAUUUGUGUUAUUGCUGUCGGAGAUUUUUACCAGUUACCUCCAGUUAAAGGAAAACCUCUGUAUGUAGAGGAUUUCAAUAUUGACUUGUGGUCUUUGUUUUCAGUUGUACAGUUGACAGAAGUAGUCAGGAAGAAAGACACUGUGUUUGCAGAGUUGUUGAACAGGGUUAGGACUCAUAGAAAAAAGACACCGAUGUUAAAAAGUGAUGUUGAUAUUUUGAAGCAUUGUGAAACUGGUGAAGUCAGCUCAGCUUUACACAUUUAUGCGACAAAUCAACAAGUAAAUGAGCACAAUAUUCAGCGGUUGUAUGAUGUGUGUCGUGAUUACGUGACUAUUGAAGCACAGGAUUUUCAAAACAAUGGGAGAACAGGGAAAUUAGAGUUAAUUCAAGGCCAUCAUGCUAAAGCUAAGAAUACUUCUUUGGCUGAGCAGUUGUUGUUAGGUGAGGGUGCACGUGUGAUGUUGUGUCAAAAUGUUGAUGUGAGUGAUGGCCUGGUGAAUGGAGCAUGUGGUGUUGUAACACAGAUAGUACAAUCAGAGGGUGUUAAGUUUCCAAAAAUGGUUUAUGUGAAAUUUGAUGAUGAGAAUGUAGGUGCAGAGAGGAGAAGACAGUCUCCAAGUGUUUCAGCAGAAUUAGUGGGUUCUACAGCUAUUGCUCCAGAGGAGGAGAGAGUGUGUAAGAAAGGCGGCCUGAGACGUCAGUAUCCUCUUAAAUUAGCAUGGGCGUGUACAAUACACAAAGUUCAGGGUAUCACAGUAGAUGAUGUUGUUGUGUGUUUUGAGAGGAUAUUUGCAGGUGGACAGGCAUAUGUUGCUUUAAGUCGAGUCAGGAGUUUGUCAGGUUUGAUCAUUGAACAGUUUGAUGAGGACAAGAUUUAUUGUAGGGGUGACAUUAAAGAUGCUAUACAGACAAUGUCUCCAUUUUUAGUUGAUAGGUUGGCAGGGCAUCGAUUGAGGGCAAGCAGGUUUGUUGUUUUUUGGAUGAAUGUGCAGGGUUUGAGUCGGCAUGUGUCAGAUUUGGUGUUGUGUACACAGCAAUUACAGCUUAACUGUAUUGCUGUAACUGAGACUUGGUUAGCUGCAGCAUCGUUAGUGGAAUCAGUGAACAUUGAGGGUUAUAGUUUUCAUGGUUGUUCACGCAGUUCAUCCUACACUAGUGAUGACCCCAGAUUGGUUGCAUUAAAAGAUCAACAACAUGGUGGAGUUGGCAUUGAUAUUGCACAAAACACAGAAUUUGAGAUAAUAGAAGUCCCUUCUUUUAAUUUGGAGUGCAUAGUGUCCAAAUCUGCUACACAUAAUCUACUUAUUGCAGUGUUAUUUCGACCACCAUGUUAUGUCAUGACUUUAUUUAAGGAACAUUUAGGCAGAUUUCUUGAUUGGCUAGAUUCAGUGAAUGAAAGCAUUGUAGUCAUGGGAGACUUUAAUGAUGAUAUUUUGAAAUCAUCAACAACAUGUAGAAUUUUCACAGACAAAGGAUUUUGUCAGAUUGUAACCAAAUCAACAACAGAGAAGGGCACUUUAAUUGAUCACAUUUACAUUAAACAAGCAGAUAAUGGGGCUGAAUCACUUGUGCUGCCUACAUACUUUAGUGAUCAUGAGGCAGUCCUGUGUUUAUUUAAGUGAUGGCAGUUUAUGCCACCACAUUGAGGAUGUUUGAUCAAACAUGGAAAGUGUAAUAAUGAAUUUUGUAUUAGUUUUUUUUAGUCUGUAUUUAGUUUGUUCCUGGACAUCUACAUAGUGAAUUGAAAUGUGUUAUUGUUCCAUAUUAAGAAGUUGCUAUUGUAUUUGUUGUAUUGUGAAAUGUGUUAUUGCUCCAUAUGUAAUUGCUGUUGUAUUUGUUGUCUGUGAUGUGAUAAUGUUGUGUUGUAUUAAUAUUGUUGUUAUUUUAAUUAUCUAUUUGUCCUUGCUGUGCAGAUGUGCCUUGAUCUGUAGGUUGCAUAUCAAGUAGUGAUUGUUAUGAAUUUAUUUGAUUUUGCAUUUAUAUGACAUCAUGAGGACAAUUAAAUAAAUAAAUACAUGUAUUACAAACAUUAACAACUGUUAA